AUGCUGGAGGGGAAAGCUCUGAUAGAAGACACAGACAUGCCACUGAAGAUGCAGAUCCAAGCCAUGGCCUCAGCUUCUCAAGCACUUGAUGUUUAUGAUGUUCUUGACUGCAAAUCCAUUGCUGCACACAUCAAGAAGGAUUUUGAUAAGAAAUAUGGGAAUGGCUGGCAAUGUGUUGUGGGAUCAAACUUUGGCUGUUUCUUCACUCACACUACAGGGACUUUCAUUUACUUUACUGUGGAGACUCUCAACUUCCUUAUUUUCAAGGGAGCUGCUUCUACGCCCCCAUCAUCUCCGUGAUGAUGAAGCAUCUAGUUGCGAGAAUGCAAAGGGUUAUAGAGAAGAACUGUAGUUUGAAGUUUGUUUAUCUUGUUUCUGUCGAUAGCUGGCUUGUAGUAAGGUAGAAGGUUCUAGGGUCGGAACUUGUAAACCGUUGUGAGCUCUUUGUAAAUUGUCAUGGAGGAGCUUUUUCUGUGCCCUCUUUGUAAUAUGAGCACAACCUUUGCAUUUGCA